AUGGAGCCGUCUCCCACCCGCGCCCACGCCCCACCCUACCGCUGCUGCCGCCUCGGGCUCCGCCACCAAGAAGAAGCGGAGCAAGCAAAGGGCCCAGAAGAUAAGCAGAAGUUCCAAGGAGGGAUUAUGCCCCUAUCAGCUGCGGCGAAGAGGACGAAGAACACCGUCGUCGGUGAUUAUAUGAGCAGCGACAGCGGCACACCUCCAAUGGACCUGAACCAGCCGAUGUACGAGGAUGAGAGUUCUGGCACACCGAUGUCCUCCCAACAUCCCAUUGGCGUCAACGCUGCAAAGAACAAGGGCAAGGCGAAGGCGAUAUCCUCACAGGCCCCAGACCGCGUUCCAAACAUGAAAGAAAAGCCUCAGCCUCCUCACCUAGUUUUCCUUCCCAGUGGCAUCGGAAAUCCAGCUACAUUCUUCCGACUCGCUGCAGCGAUGGCAGCUCCACGCAGCUGCAGAGUCACCUUCAUCAACGUUCAACCUCAUCCCGUUGAUUCUGACUUCGCCAGCCAGCCAGGUGUGGAGCUUCUUGAUGUAGAUAUGCUAGCAGAUACUGACGUCGCCACCACCAUCAGUGAUGAUCCAUUUAUAGCACACGUAGCAACCACCAAUCGUUCUCUCUAUCAACUAACCCCGAUUCUAGCUUCUCUACGAGCUUCCGCUGUAUUCUCAGACUUCGCUAUAGCAGCCACGCUUUCUCAAAUCUCCGCUGAUCUCAACAUUCCUCUCUUGGUGGUUUCCACCACCUCAGUAAAGUUUUUAGCCGUACCACGCCUGCUGUCUCAAGACCCUAACGUGUUCAGCGAUUCUGCGGAAGAGAUUGAAGUGCAGGGAAUGCCAUCAAUACCGAAAGCCAACAUUCCUGCUGCUUGGCUAAAAAAAUCAUCAACAAAUCAUUUGCUAACAGAAUACCUUGUCCCAAAUGCUCGAGCACUCUCCAGAGUGAGAGGCAUCCUCUUCAACACGUUCGACUGGUUUGAACAAGAGACUCUGGCAGCCCUCAACAGAAGCCAGCCACCACUUUUCCCUAUCGGCCCGCUACAACCUUACCAGAAACUCGGAGGCCAUCAGCAUUUUCUUACAUGGUUGAGCGAAAAACCUGCCAAAUCUGUUGUGUAUAUCAACUUUGGAAGCCAAGAAGUAAUCUCAGAAGAUCAGAUGAGAGAGCUGCGAAAAGGGUUAGAGAUAUGUGGAUAUCAUUACCUCUGGGUGAUCGCUCAAGGCACGGCUUGCUUUGAGAGACGUGACAACGGGAUGAUAGUGAAAGGGGGAGUGGAUCAAGAGAGGGUUCUAACUGACCCUGCCAUUGGUGUGUUUGUGAAUCAAUGUGAAUGGAAGUCGAUUAUGCAGGCCGCUUGGGAAGGGGUUCCGGUGUUGGCAUGGCCGCAACAUGGUGAUCAGAUGAUGAAUGCGGAAGCUGUAGAAAAGACUGAUUUGGGAAUCUGGAUGAAGGAGUGGAACAGCCGAGGGGAAGAGGUGGUCGACAGGGACGAGAUUGGCCGAGUGGUUAGGCAGACGAUGGAAGACUUGGACAUCAACAAGGCAGCUAUGAUUGCGAGGGAGAGAGCCAGGGAAGCCUAUGAGAUUGGUGGUAGCUCUCAAAAGGCUUUUGACAAAGUCAUGCAGAUGUUUACUAGCAGCAACAACUAG